AUGCCCCAAAACGCGGCGCAGCUGAACCGGACGCAGCUCCGUGAGCAGGAGGCGCUCAACCGGCAGCGCCGCCUGCAGGACGACGCGGUGGUACGGCGCGAGGCGGACGAACUCCGACGGACAAAGGCCCAAUACGACCACGUCAGCUCGCACGGCUACGGACGAGCUGGCAGUGGUGCCGCUGCGCCGAGGGGCAGCCGUGACACAUCCGACGGGGCUCAGAUUCGCGUGUAUGUGCACGAGUGCGACGAGGUGGCGAGCCAGUCCUUCUGCUACCGGGAGGGCACCGCUGCUCGCGCCAUCUCCAACGCAGGUCCGCGUUCUGGUGCGCCUGCAUCCACGUCGGCCGAUUCGCAUGUCGCCAGACGUGGUGUCAACGGCGCGCUGCUACCCAUCGGCUCGUCGGGGCGUCUUGGGUCACCGUGCGCCCCUGGGGGCAGUACGGCGUCCGGCGGUGGUGGCGGCACGUCGGACAUCGCAGGCGGUGCGGCAUCAAUGGUCGCACCGAACCGGGCACGGGUCCCUCGAUACCUGCAGCAACGCAAGGCAGAGCUGGCGGCAGAGAAGGAGGCGAUCGCCGCAGAGGCGGAGAGGCAGCGGCAACUUUCUCUCAUCCCUGCUGGUCAGCGCCGCGUUUCGGAGGAGGAGAAGGCAGACACCCUGCGCCGGCUGGACGAGCGGCAGCAGGAGCUCGAGGGGCAGCUGGCGCGCAUUCCCAUCCGCUUCGACACGCAGUCCAUCCAGCAGCGGCGGCGCGCCAUCGAGGAGGAACUGCGGCAGAUAGAGACGACACGCAACAAGUACAGCACCAAAGGUACCCUCUUCAUGCCGCUGUGCUAG